AAAAGAAAUGGAUUAACAUAGAAAGAAAUCUGGCGUUAAUUGUUCUAAUGUGGCGUUUAUUGGGCUUCCUUGCGAGUUGCGAUCCUUGUUUGCGAUAAACCAAGCAGGGACCCACAUUCUACACGGUACCACGAGUGCUUCUUGUUGACAUCUGGCAUCUGUAAGCCUGGCACGGCACUUGUUAUGGCGCCGUCAAACUGCCCAUGCAUCAGGGCAGCUACCGUGGCUGCUUUGCUUUUGUAUGGCAGAACAGGUGUUUCAGCACCAGGUGCGCCUGCUGCCGCUUCAUCUGCGUGACUGGAAGGUGAAGGCCACGAGUGAGGCGAAGCUGAACAUAUCCCAGCACAUGAAAACGAAUCCAUGAAUCAAUACCGUGAUGAAGGCGCAGCAGCACUCGGGCCUGUGGCUAUCAAAACAAGGUUCUGACAGGAAGAGCACUAUCCACAUUACCUCCUCUUCAUGUGCCAGGACCUCACACAGCAUCCUGCAGCACUCCAAAUCCACUCAUUCCCAAGAGCUGGUAUUGUACAACACCUAUAAGGGUAACAGAAGAGACUUUAGUUUCAUAACAGUAUUAGGUUGCAGACUUGUCUUCAACAUAUAUUUGAACAGAAGCCUUAAUGUCACAUAUGCAUAUUAAAAUAAAAGUGAGGAAUAUUAAUGAAAAAAUAAAAGAAUGUAACCAUUACUUUGGGGAAUGAUGUACAAAAGUAGAUGUGGCUGUAAUAUUUGUUGCUGUGUUAUGGAGGCAUAGCCUGGUUGCACACACUACUCAGAGGCUGGAAAAAUAUUACCAUUGUGCUCACUGCAUGUUAAGGGAGACUGAAAUGGAUGGAGCACAGAACUGGGGACCUCCUCCUUAUUUAUAUUCCUUUAGUGAAACAAGAUGCAAUGUUCUGUUUUGGCUAUCCCAUUUGGGUGAGAGAUCUUACUGGUAGAGUAUAGAUGAUUUUUACAGAAAUAAAAGGAAGAAUAAAAAAAGUAGUACAAUUAUUAUAAAUUUAUUUAAAAAAUAAUUUGUAUCAAAAUAUAAAUGAUUAAACAAUUAACAAGAAUAAUUCAGCUGACUAAUUGUUACAGGAACGUUUAUCAUAACAUUGGACCGAAUGCAUGAUUUAGAGAACCACUUCCCCUCACUACUGCCCAGAUAGCCACCUGCCUCAGCAGCCUCCCCUGCCGGCUCCUGCAGCACCUUUGGGAGCCUUUAUGGUGAGGACACCAUCAGAGGACAGACAAGAUGUCACAGCAUCCACAUCAACCACUCCAGGAAGAUGGAAGCUUCGGCAGAAGCUCUGCAUUGACAUACACCCUCCUUCUUCCUUCUCUAUCCGCCCUUCCACUUCCACUUCAUUCCUCCCAACCACCUUGACCUUGAUAUCACCUCCCAGGAAGUCGUGCACAUCGAGCACCACCUGCAGGCAAGACAAUGUGAGGAUGCCAUCAGAAGACAUGGUUGAGGUAAUGUCUGCUGCCUUGACCAGCCCAGGGAAAUUGAAGCUGCGGCGGAAACUCUUCUUUGACAAUGACCCUCCAUUCUGCUGCUCCACACUGCCCUCCACCACCACCUGGUCCUCGUCCACCACCUUCACCUUCAAGUCUCCAGCCGUAAAAUCUUUGACAUCAAUCACCACCUGAGGAACAAAGAAAUGUAUUGUACUUAAUGUAGCAAAAGUGAGGCCUUGCCUGUCCAAGCUCCCAAUUCUUUGUAUGACAAGAAAACAGUUACAUGAAGAAACCUGUCAUCCUCACCUUGUGCUGAUGACUGUCCUCAGUGACAGACACUGCCUGAUUCUCUUCCGUCAAAUUUUGUUCCCGCAGACUCCUGUAAGAGGCCAUGACGUCAGCUCUGGGAGACUCCCCAACAGUGUUCAGCACCUUCUUCAUGGCCUCCUCAAACUCCUGGUGAGCUUGAGUGAAGAAUGAGUCUUGGAAGAAAGGUCCACUGUGAGAAAUGGGCAGCAGAAGGUCAGAGGGUUGAACUGGGAAGCUGUUCACACACACUGACUUCUUGCAAGUUGUUUCUGUUGUGGAGUUGGUUCCACUGGUUGCUUGAUGGACUUCCUUUGAGUCUUUGGUGAGAGAAUUCUUGUUUGUUGUUUCAUUGGAAGCCAGUGACGAUGCUUUUUGUGACUGUCUCUCUGAAAUCUGGUGAUCAGAUUCAGCUGACACUUCAGUGGUUUCUGCUGCCCUGUUUACCUUGCUACUGGACCUCUGAAUAUUGAUGUCAGUGAGUUGUGCAACACUCUCCUGAGGGAACAAGAAAAAUUGUUCAAAUAAGAAAAGUUAAAUAACACCAAAUGAGAAAAAUAGAAUUAUAGCAUCUUCCA